AGCUCGGCAUUCCUCCCUUGUUUGGCUCGAACUUUCAGUUUAGGUUUUCUGUAAACCAGCCGGUUUCUUGAAUCCAUCCCGGCUUUGCAGCACAAACAUCUCUUGGCAGGAAGUGCUUAGAUUCUGCCGAUUAAUCUUACACAUGACGGAGCCGUAUAUAUAUCGGCGGAGACCGCUUCCGCACAGAACGGGAGCCUCAACUUCAACUCACAGACACAGUCAGAGCAGGCGGGCUUGCAGGUUAACAGCAUGGCAAGUGAAGAUGAGAAAUGCCAAGCUGUGGUCAAGGCUGAGAUGAGAAUCAGCAGAGCUCAAGAUGUGAGAAAAGAGACGGAGUUAAUCAUGAAGCCCUAUGCCAACUGGGAAGAGUACCUGAUGCCAGCCCCUCUUUCUGUUGCUAUCCUGGGACAACUCAUCUUCAUUUCUGCAGGCCAAGGAGACUUCUCCAUCAACCUGAACCCACCUCCCAAAGGCUUCAGAUACAUCAGGCACCCAGAGUCCUUCAGGGCCUGCCUAUGUCAAGUGAGCAAUGAAGGCUGGCAUGCCUUCAAAGAAGCCCACGUCAACAUGGACCAGAUCCGACUGCUCACGGCCACCAUCCCAGACAGAAUGAAGCUCAUGGUCCAGACUCUCUUCCAGGAGGUGGAGGUAGCCAACGCCACGCUUCCCGGACAACUGCGGAGCAUGAAAUCUAUAGUAGUGAAGUGUGCAAGCCUUGCGCGCAGUGUGAGGGACAAAUAUGAGAAUGUGAUCGUCCUGAUCGAAGAAGUCUUGGAGGUCUGUACAAACGCCAAGACAGGUUAUGCCAAAGAGCUGGCAGAAGUGAGGAUUGCCCUGAAACAGGCGAAAAUCAGAGAAGAGACCGCAAAGAAGAACAUGAAGAUGGCCGAGGAAUACCACAAAAAAAUAAAGAAGCAAACCGAGGAGUCAUUCAAUCAGUACAAGAAAGCCAUGGAUGAAGUCCCUUCGGGAUGGGAAGCUGUCGCGAUGACGGUUGUGGAGGGUUUGGUAACUGCAGUGACCAGCGCAUUCAACAGUUUUACCAACCUACUGCAAAGUAAAUUUGGGAGAUCCACAGAAGACGGCUUUGCCGCGCCAAACCCAGGGAGCCCGUUACCUGACAUGAGAAUCUGCUCCUUUUCAUCCAUGAUACUGAACUAUGCAUCAGGACUCAAGAAUAAUGUGGUUAAGCAUAACAGAAUCAACUUUGAACAAGUUUAUGACAAGAGGACAGGGCAGGUCAAGACCAACUACGUGAAGACGCCGUUCUUACAGUUGAAGAACGACAUAUCCAAGGAGGAGAACUGCCAAGCCAAAGAGAAAGCUCUAGACGUUGUUCUGUACGGUAUACACAUCUGUGAGCAGCUGGAGCACAUGGCAAAAUCAGCCGCCAUAAGGAAGGAAGAAGAAGCAGCCAUUGUUCAGAAAAUUAAAAAUCUUUACCAACAAGCUGCUGCGUUCGAUUCCUAUAGCAACGGCGUCCUUAAAUCCCCUGCCUUUACGCCAAAGUCACCCAAUAUGGCUCAAUGCCAACAGGAGUCGACAGGCGGAUCUGUUUGGAUGAGAAAUGCGCAUCUGAAGGUGGAGCAGGGCAGGGAAAUGUACAGGGCGACUCAAGAGGAGUACCAGAAGAGCUUUGAGAACUUCAAGAAGCAAAACAAGGAACUGGCCGACAUCUUGUGCCAGAUGGAGAACUGCAGGGUGAGGGAAAUUGAUUUUGAAGCCGCUCUCAAGAUGCUGGCUGAGGGCCUGAAGGCCAUGGGGAAGGUCAAAGAGCAGUGGGGGAAGAUGAUCCUGUUCUUCGAAAUGAUCUCCAAUAUCAUUGACGUGCGCUUAAAUCAAAAGAUCAGCGACUGCCUGGAAUUUGUGUCGGAUGUCCAGCAGAUCAAGGGGUAUUCCUCCAACUCCUUUGUGACGGACACCAUCUACAACCAUGUCUUCAGUGCGUCGGCUGUGGCCCACCUGGUACACAUGAUUGCCGAGACCUACACGGAGCUGUCUCACAAAUACUUAAUGGAUCGGGUCAGCAGUCUGGGGACGCUUCUCACCCUGGAAAGUACAGAUCCGGAAUUUAAUUCCGAACGGAUGGCACUGAGCCAAGGUUGCGAAGAGGCCCGCAAGGCCAUUUAUAAUAUGGUGGUGCAGAAGAAAAAAGAGUUUGACAGGGAUUUAUUGGCUAGAAUGCAGACCAUGGAGAGAGAGAUGAAGGCUGUGCUUCCCCCAAUCAGUGUGGAGGAGAAAAAGAUAAUCGAACAAGCAGUGCAUGAUGGGAGAAAAGAAUUGACAGCCUGGGAGGAGGAUCAGUUUGUCUAAAAUACCACAGCAAACUGUGCACAGUGUGAAUGUUCAGUAUCUUACAGAAUACUAGAAACAGGGACCCAUGAGGACUUGCAAGUGAGGGGUAUUCCAUUCCCUUCCAGUGGCCAUCUUCCCCAUAACAUCUCCUUUUGCAUAUGGUUUUUCCUUCCCAUUUUCUUUGCUUCCCUCUUCCUCCUUGCUGGCUAGCAUUUCCUUCCCCUCCCCUCCCAGGUCUCUUUCCCUGCUCUCUCACCCAUCCCCUCCCCUCCCCUGGCCCUUGGUGGAGCCCUUACAAUGUCAGGCACCAAUUUGAGUUCCUGCAAGCAACCCCAAUGCCACUGCGGCAAAUAUUCCUUCCCCCAAGGCUUGCAGAAACAUCUACCUUAUAUCUGCUGGCCCCACUGUGGAAAGGUUUUUUUGGGGGGUUGUUAAUUAGAUAUAUAAUUCCAUUUUUUCCCUUUUGCUUCUUAAUCCUCAUGUUUUGUCUAUCAUGUGUAUGAAAUUAUUGGACCCAAUAAAUUGUUAACAGUCAGUUCUCUGCCCAGACUGAAAACAUAACAUUGACUGACACAAUAAGAAGUUACACCUGGAAAAACGACAAGAGGGGAGGGAGAAAUUCUCCACUGAACACUGGGAUUUGAUUGACAGGGAUAGCUUGGACGUGAAGUAGAUCCUUUUUCUUGGCUUGUUGUCCAAAGGUGACAGAGGCCACGAUCCAAAAGCGCUGCACCCUUUGGAACUUUCCUCUAUAGCCAGGGCACAACCCAGCCUGAUACUGCCCUUGUAACAAGCCCCAUUCCCACCAAUGACAGAAAAGAAAAAAGUUGUGUCUUAUUUCUGUAGUCACACAAGUUGACCGUAUCUUUAUUUUUAUUUAUUUUUAUUUUACUGAUGGUUUUAUAUACCGCCCUCCCCCGAAGGGCUCAGGGCGGUGUACAGAAUGAACAUAUACAGACAGGGCAAAAGUUAAAACCAAUACAAAUACAAUAUAAGCUUUGUCUCAUUACUAAAACCAGUAAACAACAAUGCAACCAGCAUCCGAGAACUAAAGCCAAACCCUCCUGGGGAACCCAAAAGGCCCCCACUAAAAUGGGCCACAUAGUUAAAAACAAAACAGAAAACAAAGGGAAGGGGGUAGGAUAAGGUGACCAGAUGUC